AUGGCGCAAAAUUCCCUCAUACUCCCUCGUCCAGGGACAAAAAGUCCCGGUGACACACAAAAGCCAAUUAAAGCUCCAACCGAGGCUCUUUUCACCUCGACCUUCGGCAAUCUCCUCCCGAAGGCAUCAUACCUAGAGACUCCAAACGGGCGAGCAGCAUAUUACUCUCUACCACUAGUCUCAGCCUCAUCUUCAGACCAAGAGCCAGGGAGCCCCAUACAACGCCUACUAUUCGUACACGGUGUUCAGACAUCCGCAAUUGGCCUCCAGCCACUAGCCACCACUCUAUCAGCGCGCUUCCCAUCCGCGCACUGUGUACUACUUGAUCUAUGGGGCCACGGGUUAAGUGAUACGCCUAUUUUGGCACACACGUCUGAACUAUUCCAUGAGUUGCUCUUAGCACUGAUGGACCGACUGGAGUGGGCUGACGCGCAUUUUGUGGGGUACUCGUUUGGAGGGUCGACGACAGCCUCGUUUACGGCUCGGCAUAGCGAGCGUGUUGCCUCGAUAGUGCUAGUCGCACCGGCGGGGUUGGUUCGUGCGGCGCAGUUGGAAGAAUUGCAGAGGAGGUAUAUGCAGGGUGGGGAGGGGUUGGAGGACCAGGCGCGGGAGUGGGUUUUUGAGUGGUUGGAGGGAGGGAAAUUGGUUGUUCCUGUGGAUUGGAAAGAGAAGGUUGGGAGGGGGGGAGGUUGUUGCGGAGGCGGUUCGGGAUUGGGAGGUUAG